AUGGGAAAUCAUACAAGUAUUUUGAUCUGGCAGCACAUGGUGAUAAAUUUGGUGAGUGCUUUUCUCUCUUUAAUCUUAAUAAUAUUUUGUAUGUUUGUACCUAUUCCACCCCACCAUAGGUUGCUCGGAAAUUUUGUCAGAGAAGGCAGGAUUGUACCUAUUCCACCCUACCAAAGGUUGCUAGGGAAUUUUGCCAGAGAAGGCAGGAUUGUACCUAUUCUACCCCACCAAAGGUUGCUCGGGAAUUUUGCCAGAGAAGGCAGGAUUGUACCUAUUCCACCCCACCAAAGGUUGCUAGGAAAUUUUGCCAGUGGAGGUAAUAUUGUACCUAUUCCACCCCACCAUAGGUUGCUCGGAAAUUUUGCCAGAGAAGGUAGGAUUCUACCUAUUCCACCCCACCAAAGGUUGCUAGGGAACUUUGCCAGAGAAGGCAGGAUUGUACCUAUUCCACCCCACCAAAGGUUGCUAGGGAAUUUUGCCAGAGAAGGCAGGAUUGUACCUAUUCCACCCCACCAAAGGUUGCUAGGGAAUUUUGCCAGAGAAGGCAGGAUUGUACCUAUUCCACCCCACCAUAGGUUGCUCGGGAAUUUUGCCAGAGAAGACCGUCUCCCCUACAGCAUCAGGGUGCUCCUAGAAUCAUGUAUGCGGAACUGCGACAACUUCCAGGUGUUGGAGAAGGAUGUCCAGAACGUGCUGGAGUGGGAGAAGAAUCAGCAGGUGGAGGGGGGAGUGGAGAUAGCGUUCAAACCAGCCAGGGUUAUAUUGCAGGUCGGUGAGCUCUCUUUGUUAUACAGGAUGUAA